UCAGGUCUCGAUGAUCGAGCUAUGAUAUCGCGUCUCAAGAAGGCUGUAGGAUGUAGAGACUUACAGACAGUGCAGCGACUGGUUAAAGGGGGUGUAGAUGUGAACCAGAGAUUUUGGGUGCCUUAUGUUUUUUCAUAUGCAUUUGUUUUACAGUCAAGCAUUAGCUGAGUCUACAUCGUGUGUUCUGUUUUCGAUAUACUGUUACGAUGAUUGCAGGGCGUGAGUGGGCUCUUGGGAGACUGCAGUUUCAUGGCAACAGUGCAGUUCGACCUGGCAAUUUAUCUGGCGCAGAUUAUAUGAAUUAGUGUUAAUUGCCGCUAAUGUCCACGAUCCGAAGGGGAAGAUACUGAUCUCAGUUCAACUGGCAGAGAGUUCCACAAAGCUGGGACAGCAGCACUGAAAGCUCUGUCUCCCAUGGAUGUUUUUGUUGCUGGCAUUUUCAGGCUGACUCUUUUUUCAGACCUCAAGACACGAGUUGGAUGAUAAAUUUCUAUGUUGUCUUUGAGUAUGGCAGUACAUUGCUACUGGAAGCUGUGUCAGUGGGUUGUGUCUCAAUUGUCCAAGCUCUCAUCAAGGCUAAGGCAGAGGUACAAGCCACAAAUGAGGAUGGCCGAACAGCACUUCAUAUAGCAGCAAGAGCCGGCUUCACAGACAUAGUCAUCCAUCUGUUAAAAGCUGGAGCUAGAAUAGAUGCUCGCAUAUUGGAUGGGGACACCAGCCUCCACCUUGCUGUGUGGCGGGAGCAUGAAGAGGUGGUCCGCCAGCUGCUAGCAGCUGGUGCCAAGGUCAACAUACAGAGCAAGGAUGGAUGGACCCCACUGAGAUGGGCAGCAAAGCUAAACCAUAUGGGCAUAGCUAAACUGCUGGUUGAACAUGGGGCUGCAAUCAACUACAAAGCCAAGACCGGGGAAACUCCACUUUAUGAAACUCUGCUGCAGUGUCACUUUGAGAUGGCCAGGUACCUGAUUGUGGAGGGGGCUGAUGUCAACCUGGGCUCACAGAAAUCCAGUUUUCCACAUUUGAUUGCAAAGUGCAAACAUUUUCACAGUCAUGGCAAGAAGUAUUUGGACAUGUUGACAGUUGCUGGGUAUAACAUCCACAAGGACAGAUUGUUGAAUGCUGGGACAGUGGUGCCCAAGUUGGCCAGUAACCUGGACCAGGAGAUGUUCCAACACUGGCUGCAGUCUAGUCGGGAGACUGUACCGAGUCUCAUGUGUUUGUGUCGGACACGUGUUCGCCGCAGAAUUGGAUACUGUGUGCAGGGCAGGAGUAUCCGCUCAUCAUUAAAGGAAACACCACUACCACGUAUUCUAGUCGAUUACCUUCUUUUACAGGAUGACAUCAAUGAAAUUGAAGAUACUUGUGGAUGAUACCAAUUAUUUUAGUUUUACCAGUUACAUUUUUUACAUAUUUAUCAGCAUGUUUAAUGUAUUAUAAACAGUGGGUGGCUCUGUUUCUAUUAUUUGUUCAUGCACCAAUGAAGAUCCGGGUUAGAAUUGAUCUUCAGUAACCCAUGCUUAUUGUAUGGCAACUAACGGGAUUGGGUGGUCAGGCUCGCUGACUUGGUUGACACAUGUCAUCGUAUCCUAAUUGCGUAGGUUGAUGCUCAUGCUGUUGAUCACUGGAUUGUCUGGUCCAGACUCGAUUAUUUACAGACUGCCGCCAUAUAGGAGCUGGAAUAUAGCUGAGUGCGGUGUAAAGCAAAACUCACUCACUCACUAUUUGUUCAUUUCCCGAGAAUGGAUUCACAUUUUAAUUAAGUGACCAAGCAUAUUUUUAUCACCAAGCUUACACUUGUUCUCCCUCUUUUCAGAUCUGUUAUAUAAAGGUUUUUAUGAUAUUUUUAAAACGCCAGUAAAAACAAUACUGUAAAAU